AUGGCAUCCAUCGGUACUCUCUGGACUCAGCCCAAGCAGGACUACGGCAAGAGGAUCCGCGCGAUCGCUGCAUUCGCGGGCCUCACGCUCGAUGCUCCUGAACACUAUGUCCACAACGAGACGAACAAAACGCCCGAGUACCGCGCAAAGUUCCCUCACGGAAAAAUCCCUGCGCUGGAGGCGAAAGACGGUUUCAAGCUGUUCGAGACCCAAGCUAUUGCACGCUACGUUGCUUCGCUCGCACCUAACUCAACCCUAUUGGGCUCGAACCCCAAGGAGGCUGCUCUUAUCGAUCAGUGGGCGGCAUUUACUGACACUGAACUGAAUGCUCCUGGCCGUAUCAUCUGGCAACUCCUCACUAAUGUCAUCACCCCCUACACUAAACCCGUCCACACUACCAUGGUUGAGCGAGUCCAACGCGCACUAGACACCGUUGAGCAGCACCUCGCUACUCGCACAUUCCUAGUCACAGAGCGCAUCACCCUUGCCGACAUCACGCUCGCAUCAGUUGUACAGCGUCAAUUCACUUUCUGUAUUGACGCACCAAUGCGCGCGAAGUUGCCAAACCUUCUACGACACUUCGAGACGGUCGCAAAUCAGCCUUCGAUCAAAGAAGCUUUCGGCGAGAUUGUAUACUGCGACAAAGCGACACAGUAUACUCCUCCCGCGAAGGAGAAGAAAGAACCGAAGCCCGCUGCACCGCUCGCACCUAAAGCAGAAAAGAAGCCCAAGGCAAAGGAAGUGGAUGAGGAGGAGGAUGACCUUGUUCCCGAGGAGCCGAAGGCAAAGAACCCCCUUGAUUCCCUCCCCAAGUCCACCUUCAACCUCGAGGAUUGGAAGCGUGCAUACUCUAACAAGGACACUCGAGGAGCUGGUGGGUCGCUGGAGUGGUUCUACGAAAACUUCGACGCCGAGGGCUUCUCCAUCUGGCGCGUGGACUUCAAGUACAACUCCGAGCUCACACAGACAUUCAUGUCGUCGAACCAAAUUGGCGGGUUCUUCAAUCGUCUGGAGGCCUCGCGCAAAUACUUGUUCGGCUCCAUGGGCGUACUUGGCCAGACAAACGACUCUAUCAUCACGGGUGCACUUAUCGCGCGUGGACAGGACAUCAAGCUGUCUGUAGAGGCUGCGCCCGAUUGGGAGUCGUACGAGUACAAGAAGAUUGAUCUCAGCGACGCUGCACAGAAGGCAUUCUUCGAGGCUGCCCUCGCUUGGGAUUUGGAGGUCGAUGGUAAGAAGUGGGUGGAUGGUAAGAACUUCAAAUGA